CCUAGUCUAAAUUCCACUCGAAUUUAUCAAGUCAAGAUAUUCAAAAGAAUGAUCCAAAUUUCCCUCCAUAUCACCUAAACAAUUUGUGUGGAAUUCAGACUGCUACUUCACUUUUGAAAUACAAAUACAUUCCAAUAUUUCAAAGUCGAACGUGUGUGUUAAAAGUGUAAAUUAAUCAAAAUUACGGGUGUACACAUGUAAUAGUAGUAAUAUCUUGAAGCAGCUAGCUCUGAGCUGAUACCAAAAUGAUUCGCUCAAUACCAACCGUCUCUUCUUAUCUAUCUCACCUCCAAACUGACUACGUCCAAACUUCCGCCAUCACUGCUGUUUCCAGCUGCUACACGUCUCCGAGAGACACGAUUUCACGCGUUUAUGCAAGCGCCGCUCUUUCCGCCGGCAGCGGAGGUAUCAGCCGUCCGGUGCGUCGCCGGAGCACCCCGACGGCGACGGAGGCGACUUCCACCACCGUUGAGCUAGAUUCCGCGGCAGGCACCGUCAGGAAGUUCUACGACGGAAUCAACCGUCGCGAUUUGGCGUCGGUUGAGGAUCUCAUCGCUCUCAACUGCGUCUACGAAGAUCUCAUCUUCUCCCAGCCUUUUACCGGCCGUGAGGCAAUCCUUGAUUUCUUCAAGCAGUUCAUUGAUUCCAUCAGUGGGGAUUUACAGUUCGCCAUUGAUGAGAUAUCUGAGGAGGACACCUCGGCUGUAGGAGUUACUUGGCAUCUUGAAUGGAAGGGAAAACCUUUUCCCUUUAGCAGAGGAUGCAGCUUUUAUCAAUUGGAUGUGAUUAAUGGACAGAGACAAAUAGUUUUCGGGAGGGAUGCUGUGGAACCUGCAAUCAAGCCUGGAGAGACGGCCUUGGCCACAUUUUCUUGACCCGAGAGGAUUUCUGGCUGGAUUGAAGUCCUCAUUUGGCCUAUUGUCUCGGCCCGGACCAAAGCAUAUGCAUAUAUAUGGCCUGAAAAGACUGGACGAUAUUGGCAGUCAGACUGGGCCAUGCUUUUUGUAGACUAAUAGAUUCAAUAGUUUGACAACUCUAAUCUUUACUAAUGAACCACAAAAUUGUCUUUCGAUUAAUUAACAGCCAAAUUCGAAGCUUUUUUCACUUACAAUGUGUGAAUGCUUCCAGGUUGCGAUCAGAGGAGUUACUUGGCUGCUGCAGAACUUCCCUUUCUUGGGCGACCGUUUAUAGUUACAAACACGACGUUAUGCUGAGGAGACUCGCCUCGAUAGUAAAUGAAGAGGUACUACGAGAAGAACGUAAGGGGCCUCGGAAGCCACUUAGUGGUCGAAUAUUGGCUCGUACAUAUGUAUGUAAAUACAUGCUUGUAGCUUAUUGUAUGGAUGAAAAUAAGAAGUUAAUAUACACAAAAUUUAUGUA